UAAAGCGAAUCAUUUCUGACGCCCGUCCUCGAGAAGCGGAAAGGGACCGACCGAUAGGCGCGUUUCCAUCGUCUUCUUGCGGCGGAAGCUUCACUACUGAAAUGGCAGGAAUUAGCCAGGACUGGGAGCCGGUGGUGAUCCGAAAGAAGGCGCCUACGGCCGCCGCUCGGAAGGAUGAAAAAGCUGUCAACGCAGCCCGCCGCGUCGGAGCUGAGAUCGAAACUGUUAAAAAGUUUAAUGCUGGAUCAAACAAGGCUGCUUCAAGUGGAACCUCGCUAAACACCAAGAAGCUUGAUGAAGACACAGAAAAUCUAGCGCAUGAAAAGGUUCCAACGGAGUUAAAGAAAGCUAUCAUGAAAGCUAGAAUGGAUAAGAAACUCACACAAUCUCAACUUGCUCAGAUAAUAAAUGAGAAACCCCAAGUAAUCCAGGAAUAUGAAUCAGGAAAAGCGAUUCCUAAUCAGCAGAUCAUUGCUAAACUGGAGAGAGCACUUGGCGCAAAGCUGCGAGGAAAGAAAUAAAGCAAUUGAAGGUACUAAAGAUGCUGGAAGGUUCCUUCAUUGCACUUUGGGCUCAAAUAGCUAUUGCACACAUAUAACUUCACAUUUUCUACCUUUCUUUCGGCCACCAGAACAUUCCGGAUAUAGUUUUGGAUCUAAAUAUGGAAAACAUGGUCACUUUGGUGCUUUAGCUUUCAUAGAUAAGAUAGUGAGUGGCAUUCCCUUAUUUGGCAAAAGUUAUGUGUUAUUAAUGGCUAUUAUAUAUUGUGUUUGGUCUUUGAUGGUGGUAAAGAAUUUUCUUCA